GUUUGCUACUGGUCCUCAUUUGGUUGUAGUCGGUCUGACUUGUUUAAUUUGUCUGUAUGAACAUGGAUUUUGGACGGAAAUUGGCACUUUUCCUUAUUUUGGCUUUUGUUUCAACUAUAUCAUCAGUGCAUCCUGUCACGGAUGAUAGACAUUGGCGAUGGUAUAGCAAGAAGGAAUUGAGCUCCCUGGGAAAUGAUGAUCUCGUUACCAACUUGCCUGGCCAGCCAGCUGUAGACUUCCGCCAUUAUGCUGGCUAUGUCACUGUGAAUCAAAAGAAUGGAAGAGCACUUUUUUAUUGGUUCUACGAGGCUAUGUCUCACCCUGACGAAAAACCAUUGGUGCUCUGGCUUAAUGGAGGUCCUGGGUGCUCUUCCGUGGGAUAUGGUGCAACGCAAGAGAUUGGUCCUUUCAUAGUGGACACCGAUGGGCGUGGAAUUAAAUUUAACAACUUCUCAUGGAAUAAAGAAGCCAAUAUGUUAUUCCUGGAAUCUCCUGUUGGAGUUGGAUUUUCGUACUCAAAUACUUCUACUGAUUAUGAUAAGCUAGGAGAUGAGUUUACUGCAAAUGAUUCUUACAAUUUCCUGCAUCAGUGGUUCCUCAAGUUCCCAUCAUAUCGAAAUCGAACCUUUUAUAUUGCUGGGGAGAGCUAUGCAGGAAAAUAUGUGCCAGAGCUGGCUGAGCUCAUCAAUGACAACAACAAGGAUCCUUCACUUCGUAUUGAGCUCAAGGGUAUUUUGUUGGGUAAUCCUGAAACAGAUGGUCCUGAGGAUUGGAAAGGCCUGAUGGAUUAUGCUUGGAGCCAUGCUGUGGUAUCUGAUGAAACUCACAAAAUAAUCAGUGAAAACUGUGAUUUUUAUAGCAAUGAUCCAUGGAGCAAUGAAGAUUGUAAUCAAGCUGUGGAUGAAGUAUUCAAACAGUAUAAGGAGAUUGAUAUCUACAGCCUAUACACCUCAGUGUGCAUUGGUGAUACUGCAGGUUCAGAUGACAAAUCACUAUUGCAAGUCAUGAUGAAGCGAAAAUCCAAUAUGAUGCCAAGGAUUUUGGGUGGUUAUGAUCCCUGCCUUGAUAAUUAUGCAAAAGCUUUCUACAAUAGACUGGAUGUUCAAAAGGCUCUCCAUGUUAGUGAUGGUCAGCAUCUCAGGAACUGGAGCAUCUGCAAUCACAAGAUAUUUGAUGAUUGGUCAGACUCAAAGCGAUCAGUACUUCCCAUAUACAAAAAGCUUAUUGCAGCAGGAGUUAGAAUUUGGGUCUACAGUGGAGACACGGAUGGAAGAGUUCCUGUUCUGUCCACGAGAUACAGCUUAAAGACUUUGGGGCUGCCCAUCAUUAUGGCAUGGAGACCAUGGUACCACCAGAAACAGGUCAGCGGUUGGUUUCAAGAAUACAAAGGACUUACCUUCGCAACAUUUAGAGGAGCUGGCCAUGCAGUUCCCUGCUUCAAGCCAAGCAGUUCACUCGCCUUCUUCUCAGCUUUUCUCCUUGGGGAAUCCCUACCUUAUUCCCGAUAAAGUCUUGGAGGAUUUUGGUCUUACUAUUAUGUGUUUUUCCCCAACUAAAAUAGUUCUUUCAGCUUUGGGUCUUUUGCAGUGCUGGGAUAUGAGCAAUAGACUACUAUAAACAAUAAGGCAAAUGAACAUGAGUUUCUGUAAGAACAUUUCUGAUGUCUAUGCAACCAGUUAAAGGCUUUCCUUUCUUCU